CGCAGGAGCCGCCCGGCCUAGCAGCAGGCAGACCGGGAAGGAGGCGCUGUGCGUGGAGCUCCGGGCCGGGACCGCCCGCGGCGGGUCAGCGGGAGGCAGGAGGGAGGCGCCCCAGCCGGGGCUAGACGUCACCGCCCCCGCCGCCCGCACUGGGAAGUGCCUUAUAAAGCCGCAGUCCGUGCAGUCCGACAGACUCCUGGCGGCGCCGCCCUGAGCGCGGGCCCCACGUAGCCUCCCCAGAGUGCGCGCAGAGCUGGGGUGUAUUCCCGGGCCACCAACAUCUCCCCACGGGGACUCUUCACCGCCGUUGCGGGGAUCGAUUGCGUCCCACUGAGAACCCCUGAUCGCCCCUGCCGGGACCCACUCUGCCCAGGCGGACCCCCAAGUGGGGGGCCGAGGGCGCCCCCGGCGGCAGGGGCAUGCGCCUCCCGCGGCAUGGCCUCGGCGGUGUUUGAGGGCACGUCGCUCGUGAACAUGUUCGUGCGCGGCUGCUGGGUGAACGGGAUCCGCAGGCUCAUCGUCAGCCGGCGUGGCGACGAGGAGGAGUUCUUCGAGAUCCGCACCGAGUGGUCGGACCGCAGCGUGCUCUACCUGCACCGCAGCUUCGCCGACCUGGGCCGCCUGUGCAAGCGCCUCCGCGAUGCCUUCCCCGAGGACCGGUCUGAACUGGCGCGCGCGCCGCUGCGGCAAGGACUGCUCGCCAUCAAGGGUGCACAUGACAUAGAGACCCGGCUCAAUGAGGUGGAGAAGCUGCUGGAGACGGUCAUCAGCAUGCCGUGUAAGUAUUCUAGGUCUGAGGUUGUGCUCACCUUCUUUGAAAGAUCGCCUCUGGAUCAGGUGUUAAAAAAUGAUAAUGUCCAUAAGAUCCAACCCAGCUUUCAAAGUCCUGUUAAAAUAUCAGAAAUCAUGAGGUCCAAUGGAUUUUGUUUGGCAAACACAGAAACAAUAGUCAUUGACCACAGCAUACCCAACGGGAAGGACCAGCUCCUGGAUGCGGAUUCCACAGAGCAUUUGUUUGAGAAUGGUGGUGAGUUCACCUCAGACUUGGAAGAUGGUGAUGACCCAGCAGCUUAUGUCACCAACUUGUCCUAUUACCAUCUGGUUCCAUUUGAGACAGACAUUUUGGACUAAGCCUCUCUAUCCAGCCUUCUCUGACUCCAUCCUCGACUGCAUGUCCUCAUGAUGUCUACUGUGCUCCCCCGAGGGCCAAGGCUACUGCUCAGCCCGGGCCUCCUAGGGUCCUGAGGUUCAACAGGCCUGAGUGUCUAGAACACGGAGGCACAAGGGAUCUUGAUGACCAUAGGCAGCUCUGAGGAGCCUUCUACCUGCACUCAGUCCCGCCAGCCUGCCUCUUCUGGGAUGCCAGACCACACUUGACUCUUGUCUCACUGCCGACUUAGGGAGCAUUCCUCUUGGUCACAUGGCCCUGACUCCCCACUUUUCUCUUGUGUAUCAAAGGCACAAUGCAUUUCAAGAGGAUUUUUGCUAAGUUAUCAAGUUCUGGACCUCGUGGGCAGGGGAUAUUAAGUGACUCAGGACUUCCCUAAGAAGGAUGUGUGGCUUUUUUUUUUCUUUACAUCUGCUCCCUGGAAACUAGGUUUGGGGUGAACUGGAAGGAGCAUUUCCACACCAUCAAGCCUGGAGAAGAUUGCUGGCUUCAGAGAAGGGAAAGCAUUCACAGUCCUGUGCAUAUGAACCUGGUGUAAAGAGAAGAGAGCUUCCUCCUCGCUGUCAGCUCUUCCGCCUGGUGGUGAUGUAGUCACCACUGCCUAGGGUGCUCAAAGUCCCUCCCCUGGUGAACUCAGUGGCAUAAGUGCCAGGAAGAAUCAGAAAGGAAGGGACGAGGAGGAAGGGAAGCUUACAGCUUAGACCACAAAAAGGUCUGGGUCCUGCAAGCUCACAAUCUCACUGUGUCUACUAAUGACCAGCACUUGCUAAUGUAAAUAAUGGUAAAUUAUUGAAAAUUCUAAUUCUUUUACACAGUCUGUUUUUAAUCUAUUUUAAUUAAAUAAAAGCUAUUGUUCUACUUUGA